AUUGCACCGUACUAGAGCCUUUCACGUACCGCCUGGAGCGUCACCAUGUCCCUAAUAUCACCAGGCGAUUCAGCCUUGUCAUUGUCCAGACAUUCGCGUCCCAACCCAACCUUUACGCCGCCCAAAGACCUCGAGAAAACUCGCAGCCUCCGAAAGCACUACAGGAGCCUCUUGGAGGGAAAGUCUAAGAUCAACUACCCUGAAGAUGCAAUCCUCUUCAUCGAAGCCCUCCACUACUACUCCCCCGACCGCUGCGUCGAAUCACUCGUCAGCAGUCCUCAUGGCCUAGACGCGGUGCGAAGCUGCGUCCAGAUAGACCUGUCGCCAGUUUUCAUCCAGGCACACACACUUGUGCUCGUCAGCUACUUGUCAGACCCAUCCAUAGCUGCCCUGGCCGACGGCCACUUCCUCGGGGAGGUCCUGGACGCCAUCUUGUCCCCACCUACCUUUUGGCAGGCUUUGGUUGCCGCAUUUUUUGGCGGCUUUUUACACGGAGGGAGCUUGCUGCCAUUUGCUUGGUUGUUGUGCGACGUUGCGACCAGUUCAGGCAACAGGGAGAAUGACUACAAUUAUAUAUCAGACGUCAGGGCUGUACUCGAACAAGGGUCUUUGUACACGGCCGCGUCUGCUGAUGUUAGAUACCUUGCAUUCAAAGCCCACCAAGCAGUCUAUCCGCUCAGCACUCCAGGAAUGGUGGAGCAGUUAGUCCGCACUGGUGAAAGGGCUGCGAGCGACUUGGCCACAAGCCGAGACGUCUCCGGCUGCCCAAGCCCAGAGCGGGUCUUGUUCAAUGCCCAGGAUUGUGAGUUGGACAGACGCUCUCAUCUGAACCUGGAACUCAACCGAAUGCGAUGGGAGCGUCAGUCCACAUACAACCAGCAGCUGCGGGAGAUAAAGGACCAGGUGGAGCAAGCGCAACGGGUUAUGCAACAGAUCAUCGAUGAGGAAAGGAACCUGGACAAGCUGGCGCAAGAGGUCAACAAUUUGAAAAAUCUCCAAGACGCCGUGAAGCGCAAACAAGAAAGCAAGCUAUCCCAGGUGGCUGUGGCUGUUGCCAGCCGGGCCCCCACUCCUCCCUUAGCGGACCACAGGCCCCUACAGAGACUCCCAAGCAAGGCUAGGCAGGAGUGGGAGCAUAUGAAAAGAGCCGAAGGUGCCCAAAGUCCUGCCCUUGAUGAUCUGAUGGAGAUGACGGGGCUUGAAGAAGUCAAAGAAGCUUUCCUGAUGAUGCAAAAUAUGGUCGAUGCAAAGAUGCGGCAGAAUGUCUCUCUGCAGGGUGAGAGGUGGGGUGCUAGCCUGCUUGGAAAUCCUGGAACAGGAAAGACGACCGUUGCAAGGCUGUACGGCAAAUUUCUCACAUCUGUUGGAGCCAUCGCGGGGACUAGAUUCGAGGAGACAACGGGAGCCAAACUCGCCCACCUCGGCGUGUCAGGCUGCGAGUCUCUUAUAGCCAACAUGUUGGAGUCGGGUGGCGGUGUUCUUUUCGUUGACGAGGCCUACCAGCUCACUUCGGGCAAAAAUCAGGGCGGCGGCGCCGUACUGGAUUUUCUGUUAGCAGAGAUCGAAAAUCUAGUUGGUAAAAUUGUCUUUGUAAUCGCCGGUUACGACAGCGACAUGGAGGCUUUCUUUGCACACAAUACGGGACUGCGGAGUCGAUUUCCUCACCAGCUGCGUUUCUCCGACUACACAGACGAAGAGAUCCAUUAUAUCCUCCAGUACAAAAUCGACAAGCGGUAUAAUGGUACGAUGCGAUGUGAGGGUGGACUCUCAGGACCCUACUGUCGACAAGUAGCAGAGAGGAUCGGGCGUGGGAGGGGACAGCCAGGCUUCGGGAACGCACGCACGGUAGAAAAUGAAGUUGUGAGCAUCCUCCAGAGGCAGGCCACCAGGUUGGCACGAGAGAGGAGAGAAGGCUUGAAGCCCGAUGACCUGUUUCUCAACAAGGAGGAUUUGCUCGGUGCGGAGGUUGCUGUGCCGGCCACAGAUGAGGAGGAAGCUGGUCGGAAUGGCUUGAAGCAAGCAGACCGUGGGCGGCGGCCGGGGGAGAUGAAACGAAUAUACAGCAUGCGGGCUGUCAAGGGCGCACUGUUAUCGCUGGUCGGUGCUGCCGAGAGUGAGAAAGAGCCUCAUAGAAGGCGAGCAUCUUCUCGUUGA